AUGGAUCCAGAUAUGUCUUGGGACGCGGAUAAUUUUGAGCCCAAACUACCGACCACGUUGACGUCGUCAAACAAAUGGGAAGGCGAAGACGAGGACGAGGUCGUCAAGGAAAGUUGGGAGGAUGAGGAGGAAGAAAAAAAAGAUGAAGAGAAAAAAGAGCUUCCUCCACCACAACCCAAACCGAAGAAGAAAAUACAUGACAAAAUUGCUGAAAAAGAGCGCUUAGAAAAGGAGAAAGCGGAGAGGUUGGCCGCAGAGAAGGCAUUUGAGGAACUCUCUCCAGAACAGAAGCUAGCAGAGAAGCUUCGCGCACAGAAGUUACAAGAAGAAUCAGACCUAAGACUUGCCAUGGAAACCUUUGGCAUAACUGAAGGUGCUGGUGGCAAACUCGACAAUUUUCAACCUACAAACAAAGAGGAGUUUACUGAGUUUGCAGACUUGCUCUGUAAAAAGAUAAACCUAUACAAGAGCAAGGAAGAAUUUCCCGGAUUUGUGGACGAACUUGUCAAAAACAUUAUUGUUCAAAUGGCGUCUGCCGAUAUCAAGAGGAUAAAGAUGACAGUGGAUAAUAUGUACAUUGAGAAACAGAAAUCUGAGAAGAGUGACAAAACAAAGAAACCUGCAAAAGGCAAGGGCAAAGCCAAAUUAAAAGUAGAGGGUGACAAUGCCCACCUCAACCAAUACGACGCCUACGGCAACUACGACGACGACUACGACGACUUCAUG